AUGCCUUCGUCACGCUGCGAGUCCAUUGGACCCACGCAAUCUCGCGUAAAGGCUCAAAACCUUACCGACGUGGAGCGACAAGCCAUGAUCAACAUGCUGCUAGCGAGCAGCAAUGGCGGCAAGCGAAAGUAUGGAUCCGUCAAAGGCGUGGCAGACCAAUUCAACUGCCAUCGCACAACGGUGUCCGCGGUCUGGAACUCGUGGAAAGCAUCAUGCGCAGAGGGCGGCUCCAAGAUGAUCGCGUCACCUCCAACAUCCCGCAUGAAAGGGAACUGUGGAGCGAAAAUGAAGUGGUCUGCAGAAGCCAUUGAGGCAGCGAUCAAGUCCGUUCCGUUUCACAAACGACAAACCACCCGAGCUUUGGCCUUUCACUCUGGAGUUCCGCGAUCAACCAUUCUGCGCCACAUGAAGCGCAACCGCCGUCUCCGAUGCAAAUCGUCGUACCUGCGGCCAUUGCUGACUGAGGACAACAAGGAAGAACGCAUGAAAAGAACCACGUUUUCGACGACCCUGCACGACGUCGUGCACGUUGACGAGAAGUGGUUCUUUUUGACAAAGAACAAGGGCAAGUUCUACGUGUACGACGACGAAACGUUGCCACACCGUCAGUCCAAGUCGAAGCGCUUCAUCACGAAGUUAAUGUUCCUCUGUGCUGUUGCGCGGCCCCGGUACGAUGUCAGCAUCCGCCGCAUGUUCAACGGGAAGAUCGGGAUGUGGCCCUUUGUUGUCAAGGCGCCAGCACAACGCAACAGCAAGAAUCGACCUCGGGGGACGAUGCUCACCGAGCCCCAAAACGUGACCGCCCAAGUGUACCAAGACAUGUUGCUCACCCGAGUAAUUCCUGCAAUCAAGAUGAAGUUGCCGCUGGUCAUGAAGUCGUCAACGGUGUACAUUCAGCAAGACAACGCCGGCCCACACGCAAAGUCCGUGAACAAAGCCAUUGAUCAGCUUGUAGUGAACGAUGGAUGGACUAUUCGACUUCGAAAUCAACCACCGAACA